CCCUCCUUCCUCCUCGUUGGUCACGUGACAGGGAAGAAAAAUAAGGGGAAAAAAGAGAGAGAGAAGAGGAGAAAGGAUACGGGUAAAAUAAACACCUGGGAUAUUAUCGGCAGGAGGAGAAGUCUUUAUCUGCAGGCUCCUCUCGACUUGCUCCAGAUGUGAUGAGAGAACAUGGAUGGAUAACAGCUGGAUAUGACGCUAACAAGAGUUGUUUACUCGGAGGGAAUGCCUGGGCCCGGCCUGGUGCCCGGCGGAGCAUGUGAUUUCACGGGUGUAUAAACUCUACAUUUUCUCCUCGUUGUGUGAGUAAAAAAAUCUGCUGAGGAGGAAGGAGGAAGGAGGAAGAAAUAUGAAGCUGAACGAACGGAGCGUGGCGUACUACGCCACCUGUGACUCACCGCCGGACAAGACGGGCUUCCUGUUCAAAAAGGGCGAACGCAACACCGCUUACCACCGGCGCUGGUUCGUGCUGAAGGGCAACAUGCUCUUCUACUUCGAGGAGCGCGACAGCAGGGAGCCCAUCGGCGUCAUCGUUCUCGAGGGGUGCACCGUGGAGCUGUGCGAGUCGGCCGAGGAGUUCGCCUUCGCCAUCAAGUUCGACUGCGCCAAAGCCAGGGUGUACAAGAUGGCCGCCGAGAACCAGGCGGCCAUGGAGUCGUGGGUGAAGGCUCUGUCGAGGGCCACCUUCGACUACAUGCGGCUGGUGGUGAAGGAGCUGGAGAGGCAGCUGGAGGAGAUGCAGGAGGCUGCGGGGGGUGGCUUUGCCGGCGCUGGAGCUGGAGGCCUGCAGGCCAGGCCUAAGACCUCCAGGAGGGGCCAGGUGGCACGGUCUAGGUCUGGGGCAUCCUCCUCUUCUUCCUCUUCGUCUUCCUUAUCAUCAUCAUCAUCAAGCGCCCCUCCCACGUCGGCCGCCUUAUCUUCCCAGAAGAGCUUUCAGGAUGAGGGGCAGUUCACCUCCGGAUGCUCCAAGGAGAAUGGAAUCGCCUGGAAUAAACAACCAUCCUUGGCGAAUGGCUUUAUUGAGGGAGCGUCCUGUGUAGCCUGGGAGGGCAGCGCAGAGUCUGGGAGUGCGAUCGGUUGUGGGGGUGACGGAGUAAGGGCUCCGCCGGUGCCGCCCAGGAGGAGAGGAGCAUCCCUGGAGAGCCCCGUCUCUCCGGGCACUGGCUGCUUCUCCAAACUCCACAACUGGUACGGCAGAGAGGUGGAGGAACUGAGAGUGCAGUGGCUGCAGAGCCAGUGAACGGAUGGAGCUGGACCAUCGCUCUUUCUACGGUUACGUCAUUUCUCCCUGAUCAUCCUGCAUCGCCACGCUCGCAGCAAAAAGGCGAGAAAAAAACCCGGGACUCAACUGCAAAUUGCCGUCUUAAUACCAACACAAAAAAAAAAAAAAAAAAGAGAGAAUUAAUUAAAAUCUUGUCUGGUACAAGAAAUCAGUCUUAAAAAUCAACACUAUUCUUUGUACAAUUAAAACAAUUUUCUACAGUUAAGCUGAGUAACAAUUGCCAAUGACAAUUAAUCAAUUUCCAAAUCUAUGUGUUCAGUUAACUCUGUAGUGGAGCAUGCAACCUACUUUGAUAAUAUAUAUAUAUUAAAAAAAUACAGUUAUGUCCUUGUCUAGUAGAAGGGAAUAACCCAAGAUGGUACUGUGACAUGUGAGAAGGCCAAAUGAAUGAGGAACAGAUGACGUUGCACAAGAUGAAUCUGAAUAAAUUCAAAGAUGAAGCUGAGAGAAGGUCCUGUAGCAAUAUGAGUAAAGAGUGCUGAGUUUUAAUCUUCGAGAGAGACCUUUUCAUGGAUUGACUUGGUUAGAAAAGGAGGAUAUUCUAAGAUUAAAAAAGUAGCAAUGGAGGGAAACUAGUCCAGAUCCUCCUCCUCCUUCCUGUCCAUUCUCCCACUAGGCACGUAGCACCCUGGAGGCCUCGCGGUCACUCGUGUCAGAGUGUGCUCUCCGAGGUCUCCGGGGGCCGUGGUAGGACCCGAUUGUCUCGCUCUGAGCAGCACACCCUUUAUUUUUAGUCUUUGUUCGCUAGCGGCCAGACGAUGCUGUGUCAUAAGAGUCACUUGGUUCUCUCUUUUGCCUCGUGUAUUUCCUAAAAGGAAAUACUUAUCUGUGUACCCUGUGUAAGACUUAACGUUCUGUAACUCUCCAACAGAUUCGUUUUACGCCUUCAAGUCCUUUAAACACACACUGUUGUAUUUUCUUGUUACAGCCGAUUAACAUGAAUGUUACUGAAUGAGUGUAACACCACUUUUUUUUUAUUUGUCAUUAAUCGUUACUGUUCCAUGUUGGAAAUUAACACUAGCAGUCUUCACAACGAGCCUUUUAAGGUGAUGACGUCAUUUCUAUAUCCAAUCUUAGAGUUGUUUACAUGUUUUUGUUGUUUUAGAUGUGCCUUAUGUUAUCUUUCUAACUCUCAGUUAUUGCACUUUCGAGCAUCACAGUACGAUGACGGUGAUUGUUGGGGUUGACUUUACCUCUUUUUUCCCCACUGUUCCUCGUUUCUUUCUUGCAUUCCUGUUCCUUGCAUCCUCGCCAAAGGCUCAUCUGAGUUAAAUCUUUUUUUUUUUUUUUGACAAUGCUUCAGUUACUCCUGUCUGCAUCAGUGCACAACACUCUCGAAAACGACAGCGUGGGAAGGAGCGGAGCGCAGUGUGGAUUGUGUUUCUUAAAAUGGCGAAACUGUGAUUGUAUCCUUUUCACACAUGUUAUCUAAAGAAAUAUGGGAAUGUGUCAAAUUAAGCGUAUCAUAAUCGCACCUAUCUUCUUCCAACAGUGUCCGUUAGGGAACACAAUCUAAAAUGGACAAUAACCAAUUAGAUUUUUUUUUUUUUAAAUGAUUUUUGUAACCAACAGUUUAUAUGCAUAUGUGUACACAAAGGAUUCUACAGAAUAGCCAAUAAUAUGUGACAUAUUGUGCUAUUAUGGUACCAAGAAAAGUGUUUUGCUGUAAACCACCCAAUAAAAAGUGUUCAUAUUUGA